CAACAUGAUCAAAAUAUAACCUCUAAAUAAUCGUGACACGUCUUUCAACUUUUUUUAUAAAACUGUUACAAGAAUUUUUCGAGUUAUUAUAGUAAACAAUUAUUAUUGAUUAAUAAAAUAUAUCUCGUUUGAAAUACAAUAAGAUAAUGAAGUGUGGUUAUAGGUGAAAGUUCGGCAACUUCCACUAAACUGUCGUCAGCAAAAAAUGUUUCAUUUAAAUUAUUUGGUCAUAAUCCUAUGAAUCUAUCAAUAACAAUGAAAACUAAUUUCUUUUUAUGAAAAUCAAACACGAAAGAUCAACCAAAAUUGAGUUUCAUCAUAAUUUAAUUUACAAGUCCAUCGGCCAACAUGAGAUUGAGUUAAUUUUAAAAAAAUAAGAAAUUAACUGAAAAUGCAAAUACUAGCUGAAAAAGUUCGAGUAUGUUCCAGGUCCCAAAAUAUUCAAGUCUACAAGGCUUUCUAAUUGACCUGUUUCAUUUAAUAAGAAAAGUAUUUUUUCUACCAAUCAAACUCACAGAAAUGUGCCAAGCUCGUGGCUUACUUUCUGACCUGUAAUUAAAGAUUGUUAUGGUACACAUCGACCAAAGAUGGCUGAUCGAGAUGCCAAGAUUGAAUUUGUGACAUUGCCGUGUCCUGUACGGCCAAGGAAAAUAGCGGCUCAAAAUAUAGUGUUGAGACUACAAAGACGAGAGACAAUUGGUUGUCCGUUUCCAGGCACGCAUGUACUAAAUGCUAGGCAAUUUUAUCAAAAUGUAUUUCCCAAUUUCACAGUCGUCAAUGUUGAAAAACCACCCUGUUUUUUGAGAAAAUUCAGUCCGGAUGGACGAUUUUUAAUUGCGUUCAGCGCCGAUCAAACAUCGAUAGAAGUUUAUGAGUAUCAGGGAGCUUCGGCUGCUGCUGAUUUACUCGCUGACCUCAAGGGUGAAUAUGUUGGACACAAAAAUGACGAUCUCACCUUUCAUAUUAGAAACAAUAUUUUCCGCAGAUUUUUUAAGGCAAAGUGGAUUGUUAAUGUAGUUCAAAGCAACGAGCAGCUGAAUCGUGAAUGCAGUCUCUUUACCGAUGAUGGACGUUAUGUAAUUGCCGGCUCUGCUGCUCACAUUCCUGAUGACCUGCGACCACAUUUUUAUCAGAUUUAUACGAACAAUGAGGCGCUGACGCCAAACCCUCGCUCGCCUCUCGAGGACUACAGCCUUCACCUCGUUGAUUUGAGAGGUGGAAAACUCUGUGAUAGUAGACACUUUAAAGUCGAUAAGAUUUAUCUGUCGCAUAAUCAAGGCCUUUAUUUGUAUAAAGAUAUUUUAGCUGUACUUUCGGUCCAGCAUCAAACGAUACAUAUUUUUCAAAUUCUUGACGGAAUGUUUAUAAACGUGAGGACUAUUGGCAGAUUUUGCCUGGAAGAUGAUGCUUAUUUGGUCACGAGCGCAUGGCCAGGUGUACAUUCGCGACCUUUUAGAGACGCAACGAUAAACAGCCUUAAACACAAAUUGCUUGUUUAUCUGUACAAAAGAGCAAAAUAUAUUAGUGCAACGAGUCGAGACCCAUACGAAUUACGACGCUUUUAUCAGUACUUUGAUCAGCUCAAAGCUCUGAGAAUGUGGAAAAUGCAACUCCUGGACACGAAUCAUAUUUUGGUUCGUUAUGCCAGUGAAGAAGUGGCGACUUUACAAGCGAGCGAACCGAACGCCCAACCAGCGUUGCUUGUUGUUUAUGAUAUGGUAACGGCUAAAGUUCUCGCCGCCUAUGAUAACGCAUCGACUCAAUUGUUGACCCUGUUUGAGAACUUCAGCGAUUUUUUUCGCAACGCAAGAACCAGCACCGACUGUCAAUACAUGUGUUCACCAUCCAAUAAUAUUUAUGCGAGACUUAUGCAGCAAAGAUUCAAGCAAACUAUCGUUAGCGCGAGAUAUGGCGGUUUAACCGAAGCAACUAAAAGAUUGCUCGGCCAAUUGCCAAUCUCGGCUCAAUCGUAUUCGAGCUCGCCGUAUUUGGAUCUUUCCCUUUUUUGUUACGACGACAAAUGGGUCUCGAUGAUGGAACGUCCAAAAGCUUGCGGAGAACAUCCCAUUAGGUUUUAUGCGCGCGAUUCGUGUCUACUGAAAUUUCGCAUGUACGCUGGAAUGCUGGGCCGAUCCGCACCUGUCGUCGCCAGACGCUUGGUCGCCUUCACUUUUCAUCCUACCGAUCCUUUUGCCAUUUCCGUACAACGGACCAACGCUGAAUAUAUCGUCAGUUUUCAUGUACGACAUAUAUAGCUAAACAAUUAAUUGAAAAAAAUCA